UUUCCGCGCGGGCUGCCCCGGGCGGAAGCGCCGUUCGCGCCUUCCCGCGGCCGCUCGGCUCUUUCCGCCUCCGCUCCGGGGCGCUUCGUUCGUUUCCGCGGUCGCUCGGCUCUUUCCGCGGGGGCCGGCGGCGCGCUCGGCCGUUCCCGCCGCCUGCUGGGCGCUCGGCGUUUUCCGUGAGCGCUCGGCGUUUUCCGUGCGGGCCGCGGCGCGCUCGGCGCUUGCUCCCUGGCUGGCGCUCCUCAGUCGGCCGCUGCCUGCCUGUCGCCGGGCUGGGAGCGCCUGUGUGUGUGUGAGUGACGCGGCGGAGGUGUAGUUUGACGCGGUGUGUUACGUGGGGGAGAGAAUAAAACUGCGGCGAGAUCCUAGGCGCGAACGAAAGCAGUGACGGAGCAGCCUGGUAACCGGUAACUAAAUGACCAUGGAAUCUGGAGCAGAGAACCAGCAGAGUGGAGAUGCAGCCGUUACAGAGGCAGAAACCCAACAGAUGACAGUACAGGCACAACCACAGAUUGCAACGUUAGCCCAGGUAUCUAUGCCAGCAGCUCAUGCAACGUCUUCUGCACCCACGGUGACCUUAGUUCAGCUGCCCAAUGGGCAGACGGUUCAAGUGCAUGGAGUAAUUCAGGCUGCCCAGCCAUCAGUUAUUCAGUCUCCACAGGUCCAGACAGUUCAGAUCUCCACCAUAGCAGAAAGUGAAGAUUCACAGGAAUCAGUAGACAGUGUCACAGACUCACAGAAGCGAAGAGAAAUCCUUUCCAGACGACCCUCCUACAGAAAAAUUUUGAAUGACUUGUCCUCAGACGCUCCAGGAGUGCCAAGGAUCGAAGAAGAGAAGUCUGAAGAGGAAACAGCAGCACCUGCCAUCGCCACUGUUACGGUGCCAACUCCCAUUUACCAAACCAGCAGUGGGCAGUACAUUGCUAUUACCCAAGGAGGAGCAAUACAGUUGUCUAACAAUGGCACAGACGGAGUACAAGGUCUCCAGACAUUGACUAUGACCAAUGCAGCUGCAACUCAACCUGGCACCACCAUUUUACAAUAUGCACAGACUACAGAUGGACAACAGAUACUUGUACCCAGUAACCAAGUUGUUGUACAAGCUGCCUCAGGAGAUGUGCAGACUUACCAGAUUCGCACCGCCCCUACCAGCACCAUUGCACCAGGCGUAGUCAUGGCAUCCUCGCCAGCACUUCCGACCCAGCCAGCAGAAGAGGCCGCGCGGAAGAGAGAAGUGCGUCUAAUGAAGAACAGAGAAGCAGCACGUGAAUGUCGCAGGAAGAAAAAGGAGUAUGUGAAAUGUCUAGAAAAUCGAGUGGCUGUGCUUGAAAACCAAAACAAGACACUCAUCGAGGAGUUGAAAGCACUUAAGGACCUUUACUGCCACAAAUCAGAUUAAUUUUGGAUUCCCAUUUGUCCAGGUGGGAUAGAGACUGGUUCUGGCUAUAUCCAGAAAGACAAAGUAAACUUUUUAUUUUCUAAACAUUUCUUUUUUUCUAUGCGCAAAACUGCCUGAAGCAACUACAGAAUAUAUUUCAUCUGUGCUUUGCAUCAAACUGUGAAUGUUCAAGUACUUGCCUCCACUCCCCCCCACAAGAUUAUUUUCAUCAUCAAUCUCUGCGUGAAGAACAGGCUUCUUUCUCGUCUCCCCAUCCUCUUCAAGGACUCACAGUGUUCACUUGGAAAGUUACUGUGGGGAGAGUCCUUUUGUAAUGAUGUCAAGAAUUUGUGCUGAGCUCUUUCCAUUGCCUUAGAGACAGAACCACCCCAGCCUCUUGGUCCAGAGAACUGUGGGCCACAUACAUGGAGCGUGCAUGACGCAGUGAAGAAGCACUGGUUGCCAAAUUGGUUUCCCAUAUUCAUUAUGAACUGUAAAAAUACACAGCUAAGUGGCAUGCCAAAUGAAAGGCGCUACAGAGUCAUGUUCUUGGUAUGGAGACAGCAUACCUUUUUCAACUAGCUCAGGAGGGAUUUUGAUUUGUAAUCUGUAUUAAGCCCUCCUGGACUAGUAAAAACUUCUCCAUACCUCAGAAACAAACCGCAUUGAAAUGAGCUUCACUGGUCAGUUGUUGCUUCUCAAAGCUUAUGUGUGUGCAAGUGUAUUCAGCAUUCUGAAUGCACGAAAAGCAAACACCAACUUCAUAGGAUAUUGUCUGGGAAAUGGUAUUUGGAUGGGAGAGUUAUUCAGAAUAAAAAAGGUACAAGAGUGAAGUUAUGAAAACAGUUGUGUAGUAGCCACAUGGUAAGACAUGAAAGCACUACCUGUUGUGUGCAGAGCAACUAAGCAGUUGAAGCAUGGCCAACUCCACAUACAUACUCCCUGGUGACAGUAAAGUCUGUGUCCCAAGUCCUCUCAAACACUGAGGUUAUUUCUGUUGCCCUGCCACUGUCUUAUGUAAUGGAAAUUACUGUACUCAAUGGAAACAUCAGCCUGGUUUGCUGGAUCCUUUUUCAAACUUUGAGGCUGCCUUUCAUACAUAAAUUAAACUGUAGUGUAACAACUUCCAGGACAACCUCAAACACUGAAGAGAACUUCAGGCACAAAUAUUCCAACUCCUGCUUUGCAAGCGACAAUGUUAGUUAUUUGAACCUGGCCAGGCUAGCUAAAUUUAUUUAUUCUGAGGAUUAUUUUUCAUGUAAAAGGUCAGAUUUACCAAGUAAUUUAUUCCUGUGAGUAAAGUUACUCCUGCGCCUCAGACGUCUGCAAGGUGAUUUGUGUGUGCACUGACGAAAUGCGAUCUUUCCCAGAUUUACAUUGUUAAAAAGUAGUUCAUGUUCAAAACCAACUCUGUACUAAGCAUUAGGACUUGGAAGGAAUCAUGCUCAAAAAGAACCACAGAAGAAUGUUAAGAAGUCAUCAUGUGUCCAGAAGAAUCAUGUGCAGUUUAUUUACUGGCCCUCUGAUGCUUGUCUCUUGAGAAAUCAACUUGGGUCAUUUGAUGGAGUAAGUUUACUUUGGGUUUCUGGUCAAACUUUUAUGUAUAGGGAUAAAUGAAUAAGACUGUGGUAUGUACUAAUGCAUUGCCUAGCAAAGUAUUAACUAAUACCUUUUUUCCCAUUCACUCUAUCUGGUUUUCAGACAGACUUCAAACGUGAACUUCUAAAAGGUUAUACAAUCAAUGUGACAUUAUAGGAAGACCAUUUGGAAGACUCUGGGCAGUUGAGUCUCAAACAGUUAAGCAGUAUUAAAAGUUCUAGUUUUCUCAUUUGAGAGGGCAUUCAGUUUCCAAGAGACUUUAAAAGGAGUUUAAAAGGUUAAACUUACAGCAUUAGUGUUAAAUCUAGAGUUAUCAAUAAUUUCAAAUUAUGUUUGUAUUUCAGGAAGAGAACUUGAAUGUCAUAAUGAUUGAAGAAUUCGUUUUCAUGAGUUUUGAGGGGAUUUAUAAAUUGUCUAUUUUUAUCUGCCAUAGAGAAUUGAUUUUCAUGUUUUUAUUUAAUGGAAGAUGAAAUUUAGCAGUUUUAACAAUGCAGAUUUGAAGAAGACCCCAAAUUCUCAGCAGUGCUGUUGUAACAACUGUCAGAGAAUGCAAAUACAUACAGCAGUUACCAGAACUAGUGCUGAAGUAGAAAUGUUGAUAACACUGGAGUUGUUCUUGGAAAACGAAGCUCAUGGCCUAGUUUGCACAGGUAUAUGGAAUGGUUCCUCCAGCUUUGAGAAACACGGAAAAGGCUGUACAUGCGUACAUUAAGUCUGUUUCUUAUGUAGAACCUUCUCUUUGCAAAAACUUGAGGUUUCACAGUGAACCUGAAUGAGGCUAGCUGCGAUCGAUCUGAGAGCUCUUCUAGUGGGUAAUGAGCACCGUCUAGUGCUUGCUGAUGGUCACUUGGCACAGAGCCUCAGAGCUGGAUGGACCAGGGAACCUAAAACGGUACCUGGACAGGGUUCUUCUAAUACAGGGUUGGUGUAAAUUCAUUCAGCAGUGGGAGGAGAGCUGUAACUGGUUUGGCUGUGCAUGGUCUGCAAGUAGUCUGUAGUGUUCCUAGUCUAGACCUCAUUAGCAACCAGUGUUUCAUUAAGGAAAAAAAAGAACGUUAUUUUAAAAUGCAUAGGGAUCUGCAAGAGUCUUUAUUUUUAUUUAUGCUGCACUGAGGAUUUAGGGACUUGAAUUUAUUUAAUGGAAAUUUGAAAUGACAAUAAUAAAAAUGUAUUAGACCGAGUAUAGGGUUGUCCAUACCUGCUUUACUAUUCAUGUUGACUCACAAAGGGAAAGAACGUGACACAGGGAUCCAGUCAUACUUUAUUUACCAAGUAGUGAGGUUGGGGUAAUUAGCUUCUAUACACUAAGGCCAUUGGAAGUAGGGCAGAAUUUAUGCUGGCAGGGGGGAGGGUUAGUUUUCUAUCUCACAGUUGUGAGUUUUCAAGAACUGAUAGCCUGUUUUACCUGAAGAGAGGGUUAGAAAGGGCUAGAUCCAUUAUGUUCAUAAUAAACAAGAAUUGAUUUGAAAUAUAA